GUCCAGGCAGCUGCCUCUUCAUUUCGCGCCAUUCAUCGUGAAACUACACCGAUAAAGGUUUGAUUUUUAACUUGCGAGUUCAUAUCAGUUCCUUAACAAACAGUUUCUUAUUCCCUUUUUGAUAUCUUUCGAGCCCUAGGGCACUGUAUAAUCAGCAAUUUAGAUGGACAAUUGAUGCUAAGUUUUCAAAUCUGUGAGUGACCAGCUACAGAUUGUGUGUUGUAUUAAUUGGUUGACAAUUUGAAGAUGAUUGUUGUUGGCAGAGAUCGGUUGAGACAUAUUUGCUUUAAUAGGAAUUUUAACAAACAGUUAUGUUCUAUCAAUCAAUGUCAUCAACAAUAUUUUCAUUAUUCUAAAAUUUUGUCCGGUUAUAAUGCAUUUCCAGCUUUUACCUCACGGAUACAAUAUCAUGUUAUAUCUUGUUUUUGGAAUCCCGCGAGCGAAACACUGAAGCCUGUACAACGUUUAUGCCGAACCCAGUUUAACCCACAUUCUAAAAUGUCUUCAAAUGCUAGUUUAUGUUGUUUUUACUCAACUAAAGGGCCGACCAGGUCCUUGAGAAGAAGGAUUAGUAAGAGAUCAAAAGCUAACAACAAGCGUACCCUUGAUGAAGCUCAAUUUCAAUCGGCAGUCUCUCAACUCCCUCCGAGGUUUAGUAAUGAAGAUCUGUGCAACGUUAUAACUCUUCAAGAGGAUCCUUUAGUGUGUUUGGAGCUAUUCAAUUGGGCAUCGCAGCAGCCCAGGUUUAGGCAUGAUGUGUUCACUUAUCACAUCACGAUAAAGAAGCUUGGUGCAGCAAAAAUGUACCAAGAAAUGGAUGAUGUAGUUAAUCAGGUGCUUGCGGUUCCUUAUGUUGGUUCUGAAGCUCUUUACAAUACAAUAGUUUAUUUUUUCACAGAAGCUAGGAAGUUGACUAGAGCUGUAAAUAUAUUUAAGCAUAUGAGGAAUAGCAGGAACUUGGAAUGCAGGCCUUCAAUAAGGACCUACAAUAGUCUAUUCACAGCAUUUUUGAGUAGUGGAAAAAAUUCCUAUAUAAAUCAUAUGUAUAUGGAGACGAUUAGGUGUUUGUUCAAGCAAAUGGUCAACGAUGGGAUUGAACCUGAUAUUUUUUCAUUGAAUUCUAUGAUAAAAGGGUAUGUGCUUUCAAAUCAUGUUAAUGAUGCUCUUAGGAUAUUUCAUCAGAUCAAUGUGGUUUAUAACUGUGAGCCCAACUCAUUUUCCUAUGAUUAUUUGAUCUAUGGGCUAUGUGCCCAAAGUCGAACAAAGAAUGCUAAGGAGUUGUGUGAUGAGAUGAAGAAAAAGGGGUUUGUUCCAAGCGGUAGAUCAUAUAACUCACUUGUGAAUGCAUUGGCUCUUAACGGGGAGGUUGAGGAGGCAGUGAAUUAUCUGUGGGAGAUGAUUGAGAAGCAGAGGUCUGUUGAUUUCAUUACAUAUAGGACAGUCUUAGAUGAGAUCUGCAGAAGAGGAAGGGAUGGAGAAGCCAUAAAACUGCUGAAGGAGUUGCAAGACAAAGACCUUGUGGAUGGGCAUACUUACACAAAGCUUCAAUGUGUGCUUGGAGAUGACUUCGCAGAUUCAAACAGCAGAAACCACUUCAAAUAAGCAUAGUUCUGAAGUUUUUUAUUUUUUGAAUGGCUGUGGUUAAGUCAAAGCAAUCAGUUUACUUCUUUUGAGUUUUAUGAUCAUGAAAUCUGUGGAUAGUGAAGGAAAUCUUUCAGUAAAUGUGAAGAGGACUGAGACUACCCAGUUCUUUAUUAUAAAGGUACAAGAUGUGAUGACACAACAGCCAGUUUCAAGGGAGGUUAUGUCGCUCCAAGUUAAAAUUGUUUAUGCUAUUAAAAUCCCACCAAGUAGCAAGCAGCCAAGCAGAAUGCUGAUGGAUGGCUAUAUGUUUCACUCUGCACCCAUAAAUGAAGUGGGAAAGUCGCUCCACCUUAAUAUAAUAUGUUUUGCUUUUGAAACUCCACUAUGGAAGGGAGCAAGUGCCACCAAGAACAGUAUAACAUAGCAGUGGAUGAGUUGUGGAUUUUAAAAUUCUUUUCUGGGGGGCCAUGAAUCCAUAUUUCUGGCCCAAACAAAACUGUCUCAGUGAGUUUUUGUCUACAGUUGCCUGAAAGUCUGAAGAUGCGUUUAGCAUAUGAUCUGAGAAUAAACUUGAACAAGACAUAGGAUGCCCUGUCUCCUUCAGUGACAUGAUUAUUGUAAUAUAUGUAUUAAUAUAAUAUUAAACAGUAAAUCAAAGUAAAAGA